AUGAGUGAUAAACUAGACUUGUCAGAAGUGGAAAGAUUUGACAGAACAAGACUGAAGAAAACUAAUACUGAAGAAAAAAAUACUCUCCCAUCAAAGGAAACAAUCCAGCAAGAGAAGGAGUUUGUGAAAAGAUCAUGA